AUGUAUGGCAUUGCGGCUCCAGAUUGUGCAAGUAUGGCACUUAACAAUGCCUCUUUGUAUCAUGACGCAGUGGAUGGUGAUGUACUGGCUGCUAUUGAACUUCCAACACAACGAAGCCCUUUUCGUUUUCUUGGGAUCAAAUGGCUCGUCAAGUCUGCUACUGGUAGCAGUGCUAAAUACAGAAUUGCAUCACCUAUAGACUUGGUGUAUCUCGAAGCAACAGGAAUUAUUACGCGUGGUGACGGUGUAAGAAUUGGAUAUCAAAUCGUGCACUCGGUCAAGUUACGUGGCUGUCCUGAGUUGAAUGACUCGCAUGGUGUGAUUCGAGCGCGAUGUGACAGUGUAUAUCUCUUUAUUGAGCUCAACAACAAGACAGUCGAUGUGUUUAUCAAGUCCAAUGUAAUGCCAAACGAAAGAAUCUCGGAGUCUGCGUCAUUGCAGAGUUGUGCGGAAUCGCUCUUGCAUUGUGGUAGAACCGUGGAGAGCUCGCAGAACAAGAAGCUCGUGUGGCAACUAGAAUGCUCCGGUAACCUUCGACGCAAGCACAAACAGGAACAGAAGGUGAAGGCGACACAUUGCAGUGUUUGCAACAAGACCUUUGGUCGGUUUCUUCGACACAGCUUUGAGUGCAAACUGUGCUUAUCUGCAAUGUGCUCCAAAUGCUGCGUCGAGAGCACCCUGAAAAGUGUGGAUGUGUCGAGCGAUAAUCGACACACUAACAAAACUGUUUUGACGAUUGUUGUUGAGCUCUGUACGAGCUGCGUUGCCGCAAAUUUACGAGCAAGUGCGCUGACGCUUGCGCGAGAAGAAGUGACGUCUGGACGGUUUGGACGUGCCUCGAGCACUUCGCUGCUCUCAUCAGGCCAGCAUCGUGGAAGCAAUAACUCGGCAGACGGCUCUUCAGUUGCUACUAUCGCCAUUGAAGACAUCCCGAGCCAACGUGAGCAUCACACACGUCCUCCACGUCGAUCGGAUGAGAGCGUCCGAAAAGGUCAUCAUCUCCAGGCCAGGGAAAGUAGAAGAAGCCACCGCGAUCAAGGUUCGUCUCGCGAUGACCCUGAGCCGGGUAAAUGUGGAAGAGAGCACCAGUCUCAGAAUGUACACGUGGAUGUCUCCGAGACUUUAUCAAGGAAAGGUCAUGCGCAUCGCGACUCGCCGUCGUCGCAGCCGGCUAAGCAUCUUGAUUCAUGCAAGUCCAGAGUCCGAUCCGGAAGCGAUGAGCCCACGAAUCCGGAUGUGCGCGUGCAUCCGCCAACCUUUAGGCGAGGACGUUCUGGUGAGAUGCGUCGUUAUGUGCCACGAACUGAGGACACUGGUAGAUCGAAAUGCGACAUCGACCAUUUUCCGCUACCAAAAAGCAUCUUGAAUGGCUACCAUCAUUCUGGGGAUGCCGACAUUCCUUUGAAGCUUGAUCAUUUGGGAAGAGGUGAUCGUGGCAUGCCGGUGACCCUUUGUGAUCUGGAUAGUGUCUCGCCCUACAAGAUGAGUAAAGAGAGCAUCAGAAAGACCGCAAGCUCAAGCGGAAGCAGCCUGGCAAGCAUUAACACAGCAAGUUUGAAUACGAGAGAGCCUGAAGCUGAAGACGACGCCAUCGAAUUCCGGGACACGUUCGACAGUUUUGGUGACCUUCUUGAUAUCCAUGAUGACCUGGAUGACGUCUAUGAGACUCUGGACACUAAGGACAUGGCAGCUGUGAAACGAUCUUCUCAGGUCCAUAGCCAGCUAUGGCAGCAGAUUGCUGAACUCCGCGAUGCUGCUGAAAACGUCUACCAGUACACGAAAGAGAGUACUGAAAUGCACAUAACGCAGGGAGGAUCGGUACGAUUUCCCGAGUGCGCUCCGGCUUCCAAGUGA